AGCAAACCUACUCAAGACGAAAGAUACAUCGAAUGUAGAAGACACUGUGCAUUUAAUUUGCCGGCAAUGUUUAUCUUUGUGUCAAACUCUUCAGAAGAUACAGAUGCAAUACUUACAACAUUUGAUGCGUUGACAAGUGAUUAUUAUUAUAUGGUUCGAAAAACCGUUGCAUGCGGCAUUCAUGAAGUGACAAAGAUUCUAGGGCCAAAAAGUGCAAGAAUAAAAGGAAAUUUAAUAAAAUUGCUGAAAGAUGACUCCGAGGAAGUGCUUCAAGGUUUAAUCCCUCAUGUUGGUUUAACACUGGAAUAUUUAGUUGAAAAUCAAACUAUUGGAACAGAUAAGAUGGAUUCUAGUCUGAUGAAUCUAGGUAAAGCCUUAAUAAAAUGUGAAAACGAAGUUGCAACUACACAUAAUUGGAGAUUGGUAUCAUUAAUGCAUACACAGCUAGAAAUUUUACCCAAAUGUUUUCCUAAUGAUUUUAUAUACUCAUAUUUUGUUCCAAUGGCUUUCUCCAGAAUUUUACAUGCACGGCCAAUACCGGUACGUCUUACUGCGGGAACACUCUUUCUUUUUCUUCUACGAUACAACAUGAAAUCUAUACAAAGAGCAGACAUGCGCAAUAGAAUCUUUACGGAUUUAGCCAAUAGUCCUGAUUGUUAUGUGAGAAUGAUGUUUGUUCGUAUGAUGGUUGAAGCUCUGGAAAUCUUUUCUUCUUCGUAUUUUAAGGAACAUUUUUUCAAUGUUUUAUUAAAUUUGACUGAAGAUUCGGUAGCUAAUAUAAGAAUGAAAGUAGUAUCUUUGCUACCUCAAUUAAAAAGUUUAUUGUGGGUACCGGCUGAUAAAAAAUUGCUAACAUCAUUGGAGUCGGUUGUAAGACAUCUAGUCAACAAUGAAAAAGAUAGAGAUGUAUUAUUUAUCUUGAAAAAUGUUACACAAAAAUUAGAUGAAAUAGAUGUCAAAUACGAAGGCCAAAAUUUGACAACAAAGCUUAACAGGCAGGAUAUGGAGGAUGCCAAAAAAUUGGAGGAAGAAAAGAAGUUAUCAAGUAUAAAUACAGCAAGAAAAUCAGCAAGUGGGGUAAAACAAGGUUGGACAAGAACAGGAACUGAUAGUUCUACAAGAGGAUCAUCACAGUCAAAAGAUGGAACUGCUUCUUCGCGUCAAGCAAUCGAAAGCUUGAAAACAAGAAUCCAAUUAACACAUCCUUGGGAAAGAGCGGGAUAUUCCAACUCAUGCAUUAAUACAUCGCAUUUUCACUUUAUGAAUGGAUCAUCUAAUGAUUAUAUUACACCUAAGCCACAGUGUAGCUGCUCCAAAUUAGCAGUAUUUCAGGCUCUUCUUACAUUGCCGGCUGCUUGUGAACAGGAGUACAAAAGCGAUUUCCAAUGUCGUUCGUAUUACGAUGUUAACGAUGAUUACACAAAGUUUAGAAAGCAGUCAAGCCAAGCAAACGAAUAUAAUUCUUCCGCCUUUGCCAAAUCUUUCUUUCUGUCGCUUGUAAAAGAAAAUAAGCAAGAGCAGCAGCAACAUUCUGUACUAACACGGGAUUAUCCGCAUGAAUUUUCUACUAACAUCAGCGGCAAGGAUAGAGCGCCGAACUUUGCCGCUUUAAGAGCACUAACAAACGCGGCUCACUAUAAUUCCUGUUGGGCUUUUAGCUCCAUGCCGGAGAUAUCUAUGAUGCAGUCAGACGAUGAGUUCCUGGUAGACACUGGUAUCAGAAGACCCACUCAGUUCUCCACUUCACAAAGCACAUCAAAAAUACCGCAUUUGCAAGAUUUUAUUGCCGCAAGGAGGCAACCAAACAGUACGAUUCGACCUAAACGGAGCAGCAUAAAUUACGAUAAGGAGAAGUUUAAAAGACAUUCCUCUGUUGAAUACGAAGAUUGUAUGAAACGCAGGACUAAUGAGAGCGACUCGUCGAGAAGUACACGAAUUUCGAUAGAUUAUGAAGAAGGUUUACGAUGUAAUAUAGUAAAAGAGAAUUUAAGUGAUCAACAUUUGUCCAAAACUGAUGCAAGGAUUAAAAGAUAUUCGGCCCCACAUGGAAGAACUAGAUUUGGUUGGGAUGCUAGUCAGGAAAGAUUUCUAGAUGAGAAAUUGAAAAGAAAUUCUUUGACAUUUGAUAAAGACAAAUUAAAGUUCACUAACUCUAAAUGCACACUGGAUCGAACUAAACGUCAUUCCACGAAUUUCAGUUUGAAGCUUCCCGAUACUAAAGAAACAAAGCAAAUGAUGAAACGUCAUAGUCUAGAGGAUCACACAACAGUACGUCGGGCUAUAAAGGGAUGCUUUUCAACAUUGGAUGUGAAUCAUAAUCAAGGUCUUAGUAAAAUACCUUUGAGAAAUGUCGAAUCUCGUAGCAGGACUGCGCCUGUUACUAGAGCAUCUAGCCCCGUACAUAUAGACUCGCGAUUACGAUUUGAUCUUGAGAACUGUGAUGAUUCUCCAAGUUCUGCUAGCGAUAGACAUUUGAAUAGAUUUAGCUCGAGUGACGAAGAGGUCGACAAAUUAUGUAGAAUGCUAUUACAUUCUCAAACAGCACAGAGUAGUACAGGGAUAACAUCAAGAAGUAGAGACAGAUAUCGUCUUCCUAUCUUAUCACCUAAUUUUUAUAAUUCUUCCACAACAACAUUUAGCAAUUAUAUUACACGAUGAGCUUUGUAUGCAGCUUUAAAUUUAAAUUUAAUUAAGUGGCUUAAAUAAGAGGUCUAAGCUGAUUAAAUGCAUAUAUUUUAUUCCUUUGAGUUUGCUUAAGCAAAGCUUAUGAUUGAGUAUAAAUUUGAUUAAAAUAUUAUUUCAAGUAAUCAAUUCUUUUACAUUGCAAUUAAAUAUAUAAUAUUUUUACAACAUUCAGUGCCGAUAAUAUAAUGAACUGUAGAUAUCUUAUUUAUUUUUAAACUUUGUUGUA